AUGAGGCGUCCUCUUGCGCAAGUAGCAAAGAUGGACGACCCUCUGGCCAUUCGUGUGCAGAAAUUGGCCCCCGAACUCUUCGACGAGAUCUUCGACCUCGUCUUCACGCUCGACGAUGACCCAUCUGUGAUUCUCACCCACGACUACAAGCCACCUCCACAACUUCAAGUCGACCGCGCCUCCCGGGCCACUUUCGCCGCCACUUACUACCCCAACACCGCCUUCUGUCUCGCAUCUGUCGCAAAAAAAAGCCUGCUCUCGAGGCUCUCGGUAGCUUCAUCAAGUCCUUGCCCGAGCCCACCGUCGCAUGAUCCGGAAGAUGCACACCAUUGGCAACCGGCGUCCGCACGACGCAGAUUUCUUCCAGGUGUACGAAUACCGUCGCGCUUUCGUCAACUUUCACUGCAGGGAAGUCAACAAGUUCAUGAGAGACGGGCUUUCCAAGGUCGGGAGGCACGUUGCUCAUGCAGAGGCGAAGCUUCAUGUCACGUUUUUGGUGACGCAGGGAGACGGAUUGGUGAAGAAGUAUCUCGAGUCGAUUGCAUUGCGCCGCGGGACGAAUUAAGAUGA